AAUGUCAUAUUUAAAUGAUUCCCAUUGAAUGAAAAUAUUGCAUUCCAUAUUUCCAUGUGAUAAAUAUUCCAUCUUUAUAAAAUAUGUCUGCAAUGGCAGCACUUUUGCAAAUUACAACAAUUGCAACAUUUUGGACAUUAUCACACCAAAAGGAUUCCCCAGCGGAAUUUAUUAAUUUAUCAACCACCACAUGCGGAAUAGGAUCGCAACAACAGCGUUCCCACAGAAUAAUCGGUGGCAGUGACGCCCUGGGAGGCGAAUAUCCUUGGACCGUCUCCCUCCAGAGUAAAGAAGGGUCCCACUUUUGUGGUGGAGUCAUUCUCGAUCGCCAUCACAUCCUCACAGCUGCCCAUUGCUUCAUUUUCCACUUAUACGGCAGAACCACCUCCACGGUAUUGUUAAACUCUACGUUAAUAAUUGCUGGAACGAACGAUAUGAAAUCGUCCCACACUCCCGGCCAGCGUCAUACCCUCUCCAAAUUAAUAAUGCAUCCAGGAUUUUCAUAUUUUUAUCCCGAUUUUCAUAAUGACAUUGCCCUUGUGAGAAUAGGAGGUCGUGGAUUCGAGUGGAAUUCUCACGUCCAACCGGCUUGUUUGAGUACGGAUAAUAAAUCUAAAUUGUGGGGCUAUGUGGCCGGUUGGGGGGUGCAGUCAAGAGAAGAUCAUGAAACCGGAUUAUUGCGUGACGGUCGCUUAAAAAAGGUAUCUCUGCCAAUUUGGUCCAAUUCGAAGUGUCAAGAAGCGUAUAAAUCUGCUGGAAUUGAUUGGAUUACAAAACCUUCUCACUUGUGUGCUGGAUGGAAAAAUGGGUCAAAAGAUAGUUGCAGUGGCGAUUCAGGUUCUGCCCUGUUUGUAAAAAGUGACACUGGUCGAAUGGUGGCGAGUGGAUUAGUUUCCGGUGGUGAAGGCUGUUCUAAUGGGAUUCCUGGAAUUUACACAAGGAUUUCUUAUUUCCUACCGUGGAUUAAAGCGAAUUUAAUAUCAUUGUAGAACUGGACUCAAAUUUCGUACCAUUUAUAAAGGAAGUUUAUUUAAAAAAGGUCAAUUAAACGUGUGCUAGAUAAAUACAACAAUUGUCACAAAAUAAACAAAUAUUAAAUGACCUCAAUUUUAUGCUUAAUAAUUAUAUGGAAGCGUAUUUUACUAACACAAUAAAAUGAAGGCACUGAUUUAUUGGUUCUUUCUCGUGGGUUGUUGGGAAAUCUUAGGAAAUAUUCCCCCUGAUUUCAACGUCAAGUUCGUCUUAGCUUUCAAAAACAUUCCCAAAAAGGACACUGGAGGGGGAAAAGCCGGGGAAACUGACCCAUUUGUCAAAGUCCAAAAUGAGUACGAUCACAAAGCAUACGUUUCAAAAGUAUUGAUGGAUACAAAAUCUGGGAUAAUUCCUGCUUUGUUUGAAUUCGACUGGAGUUAUGGACAUCCAAUCCUAUUUAGCAUUGAAAUGCACGAUUACGACCCUGGAAUCAUAAGCAACUCCAACGAGUACAUUGGGCGGACUCGAGUAUACCAACCCCAGUUGUGGUACGAGAACGACACUGGCGUCGACGAGCAGGUCCUUUAUCAACAUUUUGGAACUACUGGAAAAUACACAAAUCUGCAGCGAGAUGGACAAGAUUCGACGUUGUCAUUGCACUAUUUAAUUGACAACGAGGUUGAUAACAGCACACAUCCCAAGUUAAAAGCAUGGAAAGAAAAUAAACCAGAAUUCGAUGUCAUUAGGAUUGAUAAAUGAUUAGUUAAUAAAUCGUUUUUGUGUG